AUAUCAAAGUGCGUCUAUAGGUUAGGCACCUACAUAUUGAUAUAAAUAAUAAUGUGUUAUUUUAUAUUUUCACGUUAGUGUGCUGUGACUGUGAGAUUACAAAAUUUUUGAUAUAACUUUGUUUUGCCUGAGUAACUUUCAAAGUAAAGAUGGGUGUACCAGCAUUUUUUCGUUGGUUGAGUCGAAAGUAUCCUUCUGUAAUCGUCGAGUGCAUCGAGCAAAAGACAAUAAACGCAGAUGGAGUAUGUGUCCCUAUAAAUUCUGCCGAUCCAAAUCCAAAUGUGGAAUUUGAUAAUUUGUAUCUUGACAUGAAUGGCAUAAUACAUCCCUGUACGCAUCCGGAGGAUAAACCAGCACCGAAAGAUGAGGACGAAAUGAUGGAGGCUAUUUUUGAAUGCAUUGACAGAUUGUUUCGCAUUGUCAGACCAAGAAAGUUGCUUUACAUGGCAAUUGAUGGAGUUGCACCCAGAGCUAAAAUGAAUCAACAAAGAUCUCGACGAUUUCGAGCAUCGAAAGAAACAACAGAGAAAAUUAAUGAAAUACAAAGAAUACGUUCUGAAUUAGCCCUUAAAGGGGCGCCUUUGCCUCCUGACAAACCAAAGGAAGAGCAUUUUGACAGUAACUGCAUCACGCCGGGCACACCGUUUAUGGCAAGAUUAUCAGCUUGUUUACAUUAUUAUAUUCAUGAACGUUUGAAUAAUGACCCAGGCUGGAGAGAUAUUAAAGUGAUAUUAAGUGAUGCUAAUGUUCCUGGUGAAGGAGAACAUAAAAUAAUGGAUUUUAUACGGCGACAAAGAGCGCAACCCGAUCACGAUCCUAACACGCAACAUGUUUUAUGCGGAGCAGACGCCGAUUUAAUUAUGUUAGGUCUCGCUACUCACGAACCUAAUUUUACAAUUAUUCGCGAAGAAUUUAAACCGAAUAAGCCAAAACCAUGUGAUAUAUGUGGUCAGUUAGGGCAUGAAAUGCGAGAGUGUACAGGUGCAGAACCGAAUCAAAGACAGGAAGAAGCCGUAUUUGGAUCUGAAUGCCAGUUCAUAUUUGUGCGAUUAAAUGUUCUCAGAGAAUAUUUAGAAAGAGAGUUAUCUAUGCCAAAUCUACCAUUCAAAUAUGAUUUUGAACAAGCUGUUGAUGAUUGGGUGUUCAUGUGUUUCUUCGUAGGCAAUGAUUUUCUACCGCAUCUCCCUUCUUUAGAAAUUAGAGAAGGUGCAAUUGACAGACUUGUGGCUUUAUAUAAAAAAGCAGUGUAUAAAACAGGAGGUUUUUUGACAGAGAGUGGCGAUGUUAAUUUGGAUCGUGUACAAUUAAUAAUGUCAGAUCUUGGUGAUGUAGAAGAUGAGAUUUUCAAAAAAAGACAACAAAAUGAAUUGGCAUUUAAGCAACGUGAGAAAGACAAAAAGAGGAGAAAUGAAAUUAUCAGUAACUUUAAGCCAAAAUGGAUUCCUGCAGGACAAUUUGCACCCACUGCUCUUGGACAGGCAGUAAAACCUAUAGAAAAUGCACGUUACGAGGCUUAUCAAAUGCGUAUACAGGGUAGAAAUUACAAUACGAAUGCUGCUGAUAGUACAAAUGCUAAUCAUGCCUUAGAAAGCAUGUUAAUACCCGAGAAUGCAGACAACAGAGGACAAAAGCGUAAAAUUGAAGAAACAACAGCAGACGAUGAUGAUGAGCAGUCGCAUGAUGAAGUGCGACUUUGGGAAGAUGGUUUCAAAGAUCGAUAUUAUGAAUCUAAAUUUGACGUAUCUCCUGAUAACCUUGCUUUUAGGAAUAACGUCGCUUUGCAAUACGUACGUGGUUUAUGUUGGGUCUUGCGAUAUUAUUAUCAAGGUUGCGCGUCGUGGAGAUGGUAUUUCCCUUAUCACUAUGCACCAUUUGCAAGCGAUUUUAUUAACAUUGGUGGUCUCUCUACAGAAUUCGAGAAAGAUACUAUACCAUUUCGUCCAUUAGAGCAAUUGAUGGGUGUAUUUCCUGCUGCUAGUAGAAAACAUGUACCUGUACCAUGGGCAAAAUUAAUGAUCGAUCCAAAAUCUCAUAUUAUCGACUUUUAUCCAGAAGAUUUUAAAAUUGACUUAAAUGGAAAGAAAUUUGCAUGGCAGGGCGUAGCUCUGCUUCCAUUUGUUGAUGAAAAAAGAUUAUUCAAAGCUUUGGCGCCACAUUAUGAUAGCUUAACAGAAGCUGAAAAGAAGAGAAACAUUCGCGGUGAUGACAGACUGUACAUCGGACUAGGGAACAGCAAUUAUAAUUUUAUAAAAGGUUUAUAUACGAAUCACGUAGGAUCUAAUAAUGAGGUUGAAAUAAGCAUAGAUGGUAUGCGAGGCACUGUACUUUUAGCAGAUGAUUGUGUGAGUGACGGAGGCACAUUGCCUUCACCUGUCAGAGGUUUGCCAGUUAGGAAUAAUAAGGUCUAUUGUGUCAAAUACCGGGAUCCUAAAUACAGUAGCAGUCAUGUUUUCCUCGCUCGUAAACUGAAAGGGGCUAAAGAACCGCCGCGCGUUUUGAAACCGCAAGAUUUCGAGGCUAUGAAUCGCAAUAAUGGGAAUCAGUGGAAGCCGCAAAUCGGUUUCACUCGAUCUACGCAGUCCGCUUCGUUAGGACAGGCAGGACACAGAAUGGUCGAGCAUCAUACAAAUCACAACAGACCGCCAGCAUAUGCGAGUGUUCCUCCACCAGUGAAUCUAUAUCAGUCACAAUAUCAUGGUUAUCGAAGCGGUGACUACCAGUCAAGAUACGGUUACAAUAGCGCCAGUUCGAGUCAGACUCGCGGACCAUGGCCCAAUUAUGGUCCGCCGAAUUUCAAUCAGUCGCCUUACGAGUAUCAGCAACAGCGCAAUUAUAAUAAUCAUCAUCAGGCGCGAAAUAAUUAUCAGAACACGCAGCAGGGAUAUCAGAGUCAAGGGAAUUAUUCUCGAGGAAAUGGUGGAGGAGGUCACCGAGACAGAUGGCGACGAUCGAUGUAGACAUCAAAAUGUAAAAAAGUGUAGACUAACUUUGUCGCACGUUAUCAUGUAAUAAUUAAGAUUGAAUUUUUGCGAAGAAUCGCUAUGCAUAAUAAUCGUAACAAGGUAAGGUUUAUAGGAAUUAUUAUCUAUUAUAGAAUCACACAUUUUUCUUGGUCAAAAUACGCGUUCUAAAUGAAAUAAAUAUAUACAAAGUAAACGGGAAGGCAUGCUGAAGUUUUCGAUAAAUUUGCAAUAGAAACGCGAUUGAAUAUUUCGCGCUGCAAGUGCUGUGUUCGUAUUUCGCAUUUUUUAAAAACAUCGUGAUAUUAUCAAUAUAACAUUGCUUGUUUUUACCUGUGAUUUUCUCUGCAAGAUACAUCAUGUAUAAAUAUUUGUGUAAAAUAUGCGUGUUUAAAAUACCAGUUUAAAAUGCAUUACCUUUCAAAAGUUAUACGUUGUUCUUCGGUUUUAUAUAUUUUUUCGAGACACAUUGAUUGAAUUUUUUUCUUUUUUCAAUUUUCGUAUUAUAUUUCAAUACUCGAUUAUUCACGAUCAAGAGAAAACGCAUAAAAACAAAUACACCAUUUUAUAUUAUAUUUAUAUUUGUUAUAUAUAUAUUCCCGAGUCGAAAU